CCGCUUUCGCGGUAAGCUUGAGCCUCUCGCGCUCCCGUCCGGGCACCGCUGGUCCGCGGAGCACCGGCGGCCGCCACUGCGGCUCUUCCUCGGCCGCUGCCAUGGCAGCCCUGGCCAAAGCCUCGGGCGCGCUCAAAUCCGUGGAUUACGAAGUGUUCGGGCGGGUGCAAGGUGUUUGCUUCAGGAUGUACACAGAACAGGAAGCCAAGAAAUUAGGAGUGGUUGGCUGGGUUAAAAAUACCAGCCAAGGAACUGUGACAGGCCAAGUGCAGGGCCCAGAAGAGAAAGUGAAUGAAAUGAAAUCCUGGCUGAGCAAAGUUGGAAGCCCAAGCUCCCGCAUCGAUAAAACGAAUUUUUCCAACGAAAAGGAGAUUUCCAAGCUUGACUUCUUGGAUUUCAACACUAGAUACUAACAGGAGGGAACCUCACUAAGCACAAAACUCUGACAUUUCUGCUGCAUCGUAUUUUCUGUGCCUCCCUCCAUCCAGUGUCACAAGAGCAUUGGAAUGCUUUUCUGUACUAGGGAUAAACAUAAAUGCUCCCUGUUCCCACCAAGUAAGAAUUCCUGGUUGCUGUGUUAGACAACUUACACCAUGAAUGUCAACAUUUUGUGUCUAAAAUGCCAAUAUCUAAUUCAUUGCAGCUUUGAAAGACAGAUAAAAGCUUAGAAAUGCUGGUGGUUAUUUGUGCACAAUGAGACUUGUUACAUACAACCAGAUGGUACCUAAUCUUUACACUGUGAGUCAUAUUUUAGAUGAAAAAUAAUAAUAAAUUUAUGUUCUACUGUUUGUAAUCUCACAAAAAAUACAUAUUUACUGAACUGGAACACUUGAGGGUUCUGUGUAACAAGUCUGUUAUAGACCAGGCUCUUUGUGAUAAUUAAUAAAGGUUAUAGUGAUAAUUCAAAAUAAAUACAUUGUUUCAAACUAGGAUUAUCUAACCAGCUCUGCUUUAAAAUUCUCCAUAAUAAUUCAGAUAAAUCUUGUUCCAAGAUGAUGAAAUGUGUGGCCUCUCACCCUGUUUUUUCCUUGUCUACCUGUAGCUUACAUCCAUGCUUACUAUAAAGGAUGUUUUGAUCUCUU